AUAUGAAUGAGAGAAGCUACAUAGCCUCAACUAUGGCUUGGUGGUUUUGUUUCUUGUUUUUUGGUUGUCUUGUGUAUGGGCAACUUGAUUACCAUUAUUAUGACUCCACAUGCCCAAGCCUGACACGAAUAGUCAAAUAUACCGUUUGGUCUGCCAUAGCCAAUGAAACUAGGAUGGCUGCCUCUCUUCUUCGCCUCCAUUUCCAUGACUGCAUUGUUAAUGGUUGUGAUGGAUCAGUACUACUGGAGGGUGGGGAGAAAUUAGCAAACCCAAACAAAGGCUCGUUGAGGGGAUUUGAGGUAAUUGACACAAUAAAAGCCAACGUGGAGAAAGUCUGCCCAUCUACUGUUUCAUGCACUGAUAUACUAACUCUAGCUGCUAGAGAAGCUACCACUUUGGCUGGAGGGCCGUGCUGGAAGGUGCCAUUUGGGCGCCGAGAUGGACUAACCACAAGUGAGGCAGCAGCAAACGACCAAGUCCCUUCACCUUUUGAGCCUUUGGAGAAUAUCACUGCAAAAUUUUUCUCGAAGGGCCUUGAUAUUAAGGACGUCGUUAUUCUUUCAGGUGCACACACUAUCGGUUUUGCUCGGUGCUCCACAUUCAAACAAAGGCUCUUUGAUUUCGAUGGUCAUGGUAAUCCCGAUGCAUCGCUUGACGCAUCAAUGCUAAGCGGCUUGCGAAUCAUAUGUGCUCAGAACCAAACCGAUUCGGAUUCGAAUUUGGCACCUUUAGAUUCUGUCACAACCAACAAGUUUGACAAUGUGUACUACAAGAAUUUGUUGAACAACACAGGGUUGCUCCAGUCAGACCAAGUUCUCGCGACCAAUGAUAAGACUUCUGAACUUGUGCUUAAUUAUAGCAGAUAUCCAUAUUUGUUCAUGAAGGACUUUGCCACAUCAAUGGAGAAAUUGGGGAAUGUAGGUGUGCUUACUGGGAAAAAUGGAGAGAUAAGGAAGAACUGUAGGGUUGUGAACUAAUUUUAGUUAUAUUUUCCUCUAAAAGAAAAUGAAAAGUAAGAUCCAAUAAAGAUUGCUUCUUUCUUAAUUGAAAUUGGAACCACUCUUGCAGACCACUUGGAUUAAGUGGAUAUAUCAUAUAUGGCGAUUACAUAAUUA